UCGAAUACAUCAUUCCAUCAAGCUAAUUCGAAAAUGUCUGCGUCAAUGAUUGCUACCCUUUUCCUGUGUGCAGUUAGCAUUUCGACUAUCACCUGUAGUAUUGUACCUCACGCAGUACCCGGUUUGAGGUAUACCCUUGUGGCACCACAAAACAUUCGACCAUUCGCAGCACAAGUCAGUACUUUCACGAGGGGGUUGAACGUAUUUGCAGCACCCUAUGCUGCCGGAGUCAUAGGUGGCCCAGCCAUCAUUACCAGGGGUGUAACUGGUCCAGCUGUUUUUCCUGAAGCUGUUCAUCCAGUGGUACCUGUUCCUCAUGCAGGUUUGAUUCCUGCAGCUCAAGUAGGUGUACCGGUUCUUCCUGCCCCACAAAUUGCUCGAUCAGUGCACGCUGUAGCUCCAGCAUUAGGAUAGAAAAGGAAUAUUUUUAUCAGAGUUACAUUUUCAAAUUUGUCUGUUAUUUUUCUAAACUAUGAUGACUGAAUUAUGAGAUUAUAUAUUUGUAUUUGUUUAAA